AUGGCGGGUCCUUUGGUUCCCCACGUGGGCUUCGAGGUCUCCGAGCUCUCCCUCGGGGACGAGCCGUCCAUGUAUACCGGGCGCAUGACGUCUCCGUCGACGGAGGCGCGCGAAGCCGAGGUUUCGCGCAGCAGCGCGCAGCUUCAGGCGGUGAAGAACGAGGCGAGUGCCGAGCAUUUUGGAUCUUUUCUCGCGCCACCCCUCGGGGCGUCGAGGUUCACGCCGGGUUCACGCCCCCGGGACGCCAGCAUCGUCGCGAUCAUUCACACGGACCACACGACGCGCCCCGCGAAGCUCAAGGCGCAAAAGACGUUGCAAUCCAAGGAGCGCGAGAACAACUUCCUGCGACGCGAGGUUGAGCGCGUGACCGCCGAGCGCAACUCGCUGGAGGCUGCGCUGCAGUCGGAGAAGGCGUACGUGCGCAGGCUCGAGCAUAAGAUGACCGCGGGCGGUCCCGACACCGCGGCGCGAUGCGCGCAGCUCAGAUCCAAACUCAAAACCGCCAGGGAUGAACUCCAGGUGGAGACGGCCAAGACCCGCGGUCUCCAGAAGGAGCUCGAAGAGGCGUUGAGGGACAAAGCGUCGGUGCUUCACGCGCUCGAGCUCAGGGCGCAAGAUCUCAGCGCCGAGGGAGGCGCCGACGUCCCCUCGCGCCUCCUCUACGCCGUCGCCAAAGGCCGCGAGGAGGCGGUGUCGCUGGCUGUGCAAAUCGCGGAAAAAAACGACGAGCUUCGCGCGGAGCGCGAGCUCACCGAACACCUCCGCGAACGGUGCGACGAGCUCGAGAAGGCGCGCAAGGCGGAGUUCGACGACGCCACCAGGGCCCGCGCGGGCAGGGCAGACGCGGACGCGCGCGCUGAACGCGCGAGAACCGCGGCGGAGAAAGCCGUGGCGGUAGCGCACGCCGAGGCGGCAAAGGCGGGGGCGCUAGCCGAGGAGGCUGCCUCGCGGUGCGUGCAGCUCGGCACGGAGCUCGCAAAGGAACGCGAGCGGUGCGAUGCGCUGCAUCGCGCGCUGGACGAGCGCGACGCCUUCCACUCCAAGGACCUCGACGUGUUGCGGCGCGAGAUGGAGCUCGCCAUCGAAGCCACCGAACGGGAAGCGGGGGACGACGUGAGACGCGCGCGGACGGAGCUCGAGGACGUCUCCGCGCGCCUCGCCGUCGCGGAGGCUGAGCUGGCGGCGGCGCGGACCAACGCGUCGGCGACCGCGGCGGACGCCUCCAAGUCCGUCGAGACGGCCAACGUGAGGGCGGUGCAGGCGGAGGCGGAAUCGCAUCGGCUCAGGGACCACGUGACGCAACUGGAGGAGGAGGGCGGUAACCUCACGGCGCAGAUCGAGGCGUUCGCGGCGGUCAACGCGCGGUUGCAGGACGCGGCGACGUCGGCGCAGACGCGCGCGGACGCCGAGUGCGCCAAGGUGGCCAACUUAAAGCGCCAGGUUGAGACGCUGGAGAAGGCUUCGAAGGCGGCUCGCGGCGAACGCGCGCAGGGCGAAUCUGAGUUGAAGCACAAGCUCAAGAGCGCCCUCGAGGAACUGGCGACGGUCAUCGCGCAGCGGGACGAGCAGAAGCUGCUGCUGCAGGAGGCGUUGGCGAAGUGCGCGAGCGCCAUGGCUCGCGCCGAGCGCAUGGAGGUGAACGAGCGGACGCUCAAGCAGAGCGUGGAGAACCUCAACCGGAGCAAGGCUCUGCUGCAGGAGACGAUGGUGGAGCAGCUCGCGUCGGUGCGCGCGCAGCUGGAACGCGCGCAGACGCAGAACAGGGACCUGGAGGCGAUGAUGCGGAGGCAGGCGGCGAACACGGAGAAGUUGCAGGGGCUCGUGGAGGCGUCCACGCCCGGUCUGAGCUAAACGUUGGGCGUUAUAUUUUUCCAAUCUACGACGUAAAGAGCGCCUUCCAACCCGCCGUCACGCCUCGUAGUCGUACCACGCCGCCUCGUUGGAGUACCUCGCGUCCUCGUCCUCGUACUCCCACGUCUCCCACACGUCCGGGUCCGUCGCGUACCCGCCGGACGCGUGACCCGGCAGCUCGGGCGCCACGUAAUGCGCGUCCCCUCUACAUCCACCCGCGACUCUCCCCUCAAUCGCCGGACACGACGCGCCCCCAUCCGCAAACGACUCCCCCGCCCCCGCGUCGUCGAAGCACCCCUCCAGUGACACGCCCCGAAACGCCACCGCGCCGUCGCCCGCGAUCGCGCCGGUGCCGUCGGGCACGACGGUGGGCGUUCCCCCAACCUGAACGCGCUGCGACGCGAACAGGCGAAGGGAUCCCCGAGCGAGUUUGUUCCCGCGACCCAAACUCACCUCGCGGCAAUCCACCGACGCCGUGGGCCCGACGCGGCCGUUUCCACCGCGUUCGACGUCCGGCCAGUCGUCGACGUCUCCCGCGACAAAGUCCACGAGCUGCGCGUCGAGCGCGAGGAGGACGUUGCCCUCGCCGCGGUACACG